UCGAAGGAGAAAGAAAACAACGACCAUGAGAGACCUUUCUGCGCAUGCGGCAUUGGUCUCUCUGUUGUACGCUGUACUCCUGUUUUCCGGAACCUCUGCCCAAAAUUCAACCACCUCAGGAGGGUCGACCGAGGGAUGGUCUGCUGUGCAUUUGAUCGACGAUGCGAUAAUACCUCAGCCCAGCUCCAGAUCGGCCGACCGUGUCUUCGCUUUACCCGGGCAGCCUAAGCGCGGCAUAGUUGUACAAUACGCCGGUUAUGUCACCGUCAGUGCUGCGGCCGGUCGGGCCUUUUUCUAUUACUUCUCAGAGGGCCCGAUUUCUAUCAACCAGUCAUUGUUCAUCUGGUUCAAUGGAGGUCCUGGGUGUUCUUCAUUUGGAAAUGGAGCUAUGCUGGAACAUGGACCUUUUAGCGUGGGUUUGGAUGGGAUGUCUCUUCAACCAAAUAAAUUUUCCUGGAGCAAAGUUGCGAGUGUCCUUUACGUAGACUCGCCUGUUGGAGCCGGCUUCUCAUAUUCCAACAGUUCUUCUGAUUACGAGACAUACUCCGACGAACUUACUGCAAUCGACAACUACAAGUUCUUAUUAAACUGGCUAGAGCGCUUCCCUGAAUACAAGACCAGAGACGUAUAUCUUGCUGGGGAGGGCUAUGCCGGGCAUUACGUGCUGCAGCUCGCUCAGAUGAUCUUAGCCCACAAUGCAGCAGGCAAAUAUACCAACAUCACCCUCAAAGGGCUAGCCCUGGGAAAUGCGAUUUUAGACGAGGAAGCUCUUAAUCGAGGAGUCGAUCAUUAUCUGGCAAGCCAUGGCUACAUUUCUUACCGGAGCUACCAGGCUUGCUAUUCAAACGGGUCAUCGAGUGAUUGCUCUCUGCUGGCCCAAGCUAAGGAUAAAACCCUUCGAUCCAUAUACCCAUAUGACAUCACAGCUCAUGUCUGCAAAGUCACGAGCAUCCCCAUAGACCUCUCUCAGUCUGCAAAUGGUCUAUACGAAUGUGAUGUGCAACGCUUGGUCUCGUACCUCAAUCUUCCAGAUGUGAAGGCAGCUCUCCAUGUGAACUCUGCGGUUUCGUCCAAGGCCUGGACCAAAUGCAACGAGAACAUUUCUAAAGCGUACCAGAACACCAGCUCAAGCAUGUUACCCGCCCUUCGGGGAGUUGUAUCUGCCGGACUCCAAGUUCUGCUUUACAGGCGAGAGACUAUUACCAAAAAAAACUCAGUGCAAGUGUUUGAUUUGUGUUUGUGCUGUGACUAA